GCCACUAGAGGCUGAGCCGUCGAGUGGCAUCGAGUGUCGGUCGGUCGGAUGUCCGCGGAGGGCGGCGGCUACUCGCCGUGUCCGGCGGAGGCGCUGCCGGAACUGAGCGCUGCGGAGCUGGCGAUGAGCCUGUCGCCGAAGUCGGCCUUGCUGCAGCAGAACCUCUCCCAGCUGCAGCUCCAGCACUCGACUCCGUUCUCCGUGACCGAUAUCCUGUCGCCGAUAGAGGAGUACCGCAAGCUGGAGCUGGCGAACAACCCGCCUUCGCCGUACAGGGCACAUCGGACAGCCUAUGACGUGAAGGCGACCGAUGAUUUCAUAGAUUAUGCCCAGCUAUCAGUAGACAGGUCGAAUUCUUCAGGCAGCAGUAUUAAUUCUCCCCUCGGUCCCGCCGCAUCCUGCGGGAUGACGGCGAACCCUUACGCGGUGCCCCUGUAUGGGGGCGCCCCGGUCCAGGGCUAUGGGUGUGCACCCACGGACCUGCCCCACUACGGAGACAUGCGAGGGGCUGGCUGGUAUCCAGCUUCCAACGACCCCAGGUUUGCCAUUUCCAGGCUGAUGACUUCAACGUCAGGGGGAAUGGGUCAUGUCAAUAACAUGGGCGGGCUGGCGGCGUGUGCAGGUCCUGACGCCAAGCCCAUGCAAUUCCCGUUGGCGCAGCGGCGGAAGAGGAGAGUGCUCUUUACACAAGCCCAGGUUUACGAGCUGGAGCGGAGAUUUAAGCAGCAGAAGUAUCUGUCGGCGCCGGAGAGGGAGCACCUCGCUUCGCUCAUUCACCUAACGCCGACCCAAGUCAAAAUAUGGUUUCAAAACCAUCGUUACAAAUGUAAGAGACAAGCUAAAGAGAAAGCAAUGGCGGAACAGAACCAACAUAAUCAGGUAACGUAUUGCCCGCAGUCGUCAUCGUCGCCGCGACGGGUCGCAGUUCCCGUGCUGGUGAAGGACGGCAAGCCGUGCGGGGCGGGCGAGUCGUCCUCGCCGGCGCACAGCCACUGCGCCACGCCCACCUCCGGGUACUCGGCCCCUCAGGGCUCGCAGGCCGCCUGCAGCAACCCGCUGGUCUCCUCGUACCGGCAGCCCGCCGCGUACCAGCAGCAAUGCUCGGGAUACCUGCCGCUACAGGGUCGAGCCUGGUAGAAAUUCCCACAGCUUUACCACGAAACAAUGUUCAAGGAGGAGAUGUAUUUUGAUUGAUUUCAUUAAUAUUUUAAUUUGGUGAUUAUAGUUUGUUUUCAUACGACAUUAGACACAAUUUCACUCAAUUUCUAGUAUAAUCUUUUAACCUUCUUUUAACCUUUCUUUAUUUCUUACACAAUGUCGAUUGAUGAUUUCCAGAAACAAUAACCAGCUAUUAAAACCAUAACGUUGGUAAUAUCAUUUCAUAAAAGGAAUAUUAUGUACUUGUUUUUUUUUACUCUUUAUUCUUACAUAUUAUUGUUGGCAACACCAACUGUCUUGUAUUCUCUUUGAUAUCGUUUAAUAUACUAAAAGGAACAAAAGUGUCACUAAAUUUACUACAAAAAUUUAAUAAAAAUUGUUAUCAAUGUUGUUUAUUGUUAAAAAAGCUAGGUAAAGAGUUUUCGCGUUAAUUUAUUCUUCAUUCUUCAUUCAUACAUUACUCUUCAUUUUUACUUUGAACGGUAAUUAUUGUUAGAUUUAUUUCAAGGCACAAAAUCUAAACAUUCUAUUGUCUGUAUUUUAACAAACUUUAAACACCAAAUUAAGCCUUAAACAGACUCCUCCAAGAACAUUGUUUCAGGUGAAGCUACGCUGCGGGCGGCUGAUACAAUGGACUAUUAUCUAGUGAACCGAACAAGUGACAGUAAGUGUUACAAAUGAAACGAACGUGUCAACGGGACGAGGGUAAAGUGUAUAUAGUUGUUAUUUAAAAUAGAUACUUAGGCACUGACGGGGAUUUGAUUGUUUAAAUAUUUUUGUGACUCAAUUUUUUUACGUUUAAUAUUGUAUUAUAUCACCUAAAAGUUUCGCAGGAUUCUUUUAACAUUCUUUCUGAAAUGGAUUACGGUUAAUAACGUAAAGAAUCACACUGCCGUUUAUAAAAACGUGGCGGCUUUUUUUAAAAUAUUAUAACUGGUUCCAUUUAAAUCACAAAUUAAUCUAAAUCACAUUGAACAGGAUCUAAAGGAACAGAAGUUGAAACGGGAAUUUAAAAAAAUAAAUAAAGCGCGAACAAUCGAAUUAUUUAAAAAAAGAAAACUAGUCUAUCAAUUCCUAAAAAUGUUGCCAUCGCUAAAUUUUUGAGGUCGCGAUUGGCGAAUCUUUUUUUUUAUCGUCAACAGUAAAGGCGAUGGUUUUCGAUCCUUGGGCGGCAGUAUGAUACUUUAUUAAAAUGCAUCCAACGUUGACUCAUGAAUGGAGCAGUCACAGCUACGAGCCCCGUUUAUAAACUUUAACAGAAUUAGCGGUAUAUCUUCUCUAAUGUUGCAAAAUAUUGGGUGCAAAUUAGAGACAUUAAUUAACAGUUUUCUAGAUGUUGUUUUGGGUAUUGAGAGGUUCACGUUUUGAGACAAUGCGGAUUACGCUCAAACUCACGACUCAAAUCAAAAGUAAAAAGAUCCGUUUUUAAGUUUUAGUUUCAUGAGUGCUCAUGGCUGUCUGCUAAUAAUCUACUCCACAUUCUUAAUGGCGUAAACAAUGAUUGCAACGUUUGAGAACAUGUUACUCGCUCGUGAACUUAACUCCGACCGCGUAUUGUAAGAAGUCUGUUGGAAAGCUCUCUAGUGUGUGCUGAAAGGUAAUUUCCACGUAAUUUAUGUAAGUAUAUUAUCUACUAGUCCCCAAAAUGCGAUGAAAUUACCGUUCGACCUCUUCUAACACUCGCCUUUGAGAGAAAGAGAGAAAGAGAUAAAAAGUUUUCUGACAGAUAUUUAUGUAAACAUUCGGUCUUUUUUUUUACAAGUUUUUUUCACAACAGGAAUUGUACAAUUCGGAUUGUUGUAGAAACAUUUUACAUAAUCAAAGAGGCGAUUUAGUUUGUGUAUAUAUUGAAAAGUAGUAAAUUGUUGUGUGUAUAGUUAGUAAUUUAUGAAAUAUUAUCAGUGUUCGAGUGAGUAGAGAGUUGAAUCGAUUCUGAAUUGCACAGUUUCCGCACGCACUGGCAGCUCUGUUGGGUUCGUUUAAAAAUAAAAUCUAAACGCUUCUAACGAAAAAGGUUUUGUUUUGAUUCGACUUUUUCCUACCAGUAAGCCACUCGGAUAAUCGUAAUUCUACCAUAGAUACUUUUAGGCGUAGUAAAUUCGACUACUGGUUUUACUUACUAAGUUUUACCGGUGGUAGGACCUCUUGUGAGCCCGCACGGGUAGGUACCACCACCCUGCUUAUUUCUGCCAUGAAGCAGUAAUGCGUUUCGGUUUGAAGGGUGGGGCAGCCGUUGUAACUAUACUGAGACCUUAGAACUUAUAUCUCAAGGUGGUUGGCGCAUUUACGCUGUAGAUGUCUAUGGGCUUCAGUAACCACUUAACAACCAGGUGGGCUGUGAAAAGGCAUAGGAUACGAUUUCCCCUUAAUUCUAAUACGACUUAUUAAUAAACCGAAAUUGUUUUACCAAUUAAAAAUUAACAACUAUGAAAUAUCUCAUACAAGUUUAAUUGUGAUAAGUUCGAAUGAGAGUUAAAAACGUGAGAUUAAACGGCUGAUAUUAAUCUACAGCGCUCGGUAAGGAGAGGCAAGGUAGCGAAUACGUCAAAUGUGCAAUCAGAAUACGAGACAGAAUGUAAAUAAUGUGUUUCCUUAGCGAACGAUAUCAAUUAGGUAAUGAUAUAAAGAACACGAUAUUUUUGUGCAAUUCGCCUUACGUGUUUCACUUCGUUUUGACAUUAUAAGUCAACGCGUGUCUUAAGUGGAAUCAACGAAACUGUAUUCAUUUGUUUUAAGGAUGUGUUUGUAAAUGGCUUCGUUUCAUUAAAACAUUAUAUUACAAAUAAAUCACGCUGACAUUACAAAUAAAAAGUAUUUUAUUGUAAAUCAAUGAGUUUAAUGUAUACAAACUAAAACUUAGUACGAAUAUCUAAUGGAUUUUAUGUAUUAUUAUUAAAUGUUUGUUUUUGUUCAACGAGAAAGUAUUCGCUUUUGUAAUCAUUUUUCGAGUCACCACGAACUAAUUAUUCGCGCGCUAUCUGAAUCUAUGUACUUAAUUUUUAUUUUCUACUUUUGAUAAAUUAUUUGAAUCGAAAAUGAAUCGUCAAAAAUAUUAACAAUAAUAUGUAUAUAUAAAACAAAUCAAUUUAUCAAAUGGACGAUUUUUAUUAUUAAUGGCGACAAAACAAAAUGGCGCCUCGCGUACAAUGAAACAUAGCAAUAAGAUUCGGAAAUAUUAAAAUUAGAAAUAUUUGGAAAAUGGUUUGUAACUAAUUUAAAAUUUAUAUGUUGAAAAAUAACUAAAUUAGAUCGAUGUAAUUAAGUAGCUAUAGAUUAUUACAAAUAAAUAGAUUAACAAGACGAAGGAAUUUGUAAGAAUAACGUGAUGUGAGGUGUAAUGAAUUUCAAUUUAUAAAAUUAAAUAAAAAUUAAUGAGUUUUAUAA